ACUAUCAUCAACAACAUUAAAGAUUUAUUCCAUUCGUGUUUUUUUUUAAAGAAUCUUGUUUGGAGUCCUCGUAAAUCCAACGUAUAAGCCUCUCAAACCCCCAUUGAUGAACUUUCACAGAUCUCAAUUUCCCUAUUAACAAACUUACUAACCAACCAGCAAACUGUUGACCCUUCGAGACUUCUCUCUGCUACUCUUUUUUUUUUUUCCUUCUCUCAGGUAAAACGUCAAGCACCUUAAAUACAAUUAUAUAACUAUAGUGUAUGUAUACAUGUAUGUAUUUUUAUAACUUUUUUCUUUUCUUUCUUUGAUGCUUUUGCUUUAAGAUUUGGACAAAGAUGGCUGUUGUAAUGAAUUUGAUGUUUUAGUUUUGCUAGCAAUUUUGAGAGAAAAUGAACUGUUCUUUUCCUUUUUGUUUUGUUUUUACAUAUGGGUAGAAUUAUACUGGAGGAUUACCAAAAUUUGAGCUUGGUGGGUUUUGCUUGAGGAUUGUGGGACUUGGAGUGAUUUUUGGGUUUUUGAAUUGGGUGGGUUAUUGGUUGGGGGUUGUGUGAUUUGGCAGAAAAUAGGGGUUGAAUAGGGUUCAGAAGCAGCCAGUUUUGUGGUGGGAAAUUGUGGGUUAGAUAAUUGAGGUUGAAUUUUGGUUGAAUUUUUACAUUGGGUAUUGAAGAGUUGAGCUUUCUGAACAACUGACGUUAGUAGUUGGGACUGGAUUUUGGUUUGCCUAGGUGGUUGGUGAUUUUGUGUUUACCUUGUAUAAGAAGCUUAAGACUUUUACUGUUUUGUGCCAAUUUAUCGGCUUUUUAUUAUGUACAAAGAGCUUGUAAAAUUGUUUUCUGGAUAAUAUUGCCCGGAAAUUGGCGAUAUAAAAGAAGCUGAGAAUUUGAUUGCUCUGGCCUAUCUCAUGGUAUUGAUUAAGAAAUUUGGAUACACACCAUGGGACAUGGAACUAAGAGUUUGAUUGUAUUGCACAGUUUCUUUGGAGAUUGAUGAUAUAUAAGAAGCUUGAGAAUUAUAUUGCUCGGGGGAAAUUUUUGGUGAUUGAAAAAGGAUUUAACUUGAUUGACACUGGAGGGAAUACAGAUGAGAAUCUAAGAGUUUGUCAACAAAUUUUUAAGCUUGAACAUAUAUAAGGAACGGGAAAAUUGUUUCUGUCAAUUUUUAUUUUUAUGCUGGUUAUGGUUUGCUCUAGGGAAUUGAAUUAGGUUAGGGGGGAUUGAGAAUUGAGAUAAAGGGUUGCACAUACAAUGGAUGAAGCUCAAUGCAGUUCCAAUGCGUUGCCUCCUUUCCUCACAAAGACAUACGAGAUGGUGGACGAUCCCUCCACGGAUUCCAUUGUUUCUUGGAGUCAGAAUAAUAAAAGCUUCAUCGUGUGGAAUCCACCAGAAUUUGCUAGGGUUUUGCUGCGCAGAUAUUUCAAGCACAAUAACUUCUCCAGCUUUAUUAGACAACUCAAUACAUAUGGAUUUAGGAAAGUUGACCCUGAGCAAUGGGAAUUUGCUAAUGAUGAUUUUGUUAGAAGUCAGCCACAACUUCUGAAAAACAUCCACAGACGCAAGCCAAUUCAUAGUCAUUCCCUACAGAAUCUUCAUGGACAAGGAGCUUCUUCAUCUCCACUAACUGAGUCAGAAAGAGAUGGAUAUAAGGACGAUAUUGAGAGGUUGACAUGCAAAAAAGAAUCCCUUCAAAUGGAGUUACAGAGACAUGAACAGGAGCAGCAAGGAAUUGAACUGCAAACUCAGACUUUGUCUGAGCGUUUGCAACAUGUAGAACAGCGGCAAAUGAAUAUGUUAUCAGCCUUGGCUCGAGUCUUACAAAAACCAGAAGUUUCUCUGAAUCUCCUGCCGCAAUCCGAAAUACAUGAUAGAAAGAGGAGGUUGCCAAGAAACAAUUAUUUUACUGCUGAUGCCAGCAUUGAUCGUAAUCAAAAAGGAACUUCCCAGAUCUUGGCUGGAGAAAAUUUAAGUGGUAGUUCUCUUUCGGUGUUCAACAAGGAAUUGUUGGAGAAGUUGGAGUCUUCCCUUAUAUUUUGGGAGAAUAUUAUACACAGUGUUGGUCAAGCUUACAUGCAACAGAAUUUAUCCCUGGAGUUAGAUGAAUCUACAAGUUGUGCAGAUAGCCCCACUAUGUCUUACACAGAAUUAAAUGUUGAUGGCGGGUCUAAAACUUCUGGGAUUGACAUGAAUUCUGAACCUUUUACUGCCAUUGUUCCAGAGGUUGCUGCGUCAGAAGAGCAAAUAGGUGUCACUGUGUCUACUGGGGUCAAUGAUGUAUUCUGGGAGCAGUUUCUUACUGAGAAUCCUGGAUCAACUGCUGCAUCGGAAGUUCAGCAAGAAAGAAAAGAUCUUGACAGCAGAAAGAAUGACAGCAAACCUGUUGACCAAGGGCACUUUUGUUGGAAUAGAAAUAGUGUGAGUAACCUUGCAGAGCAAUUUGGACAUCUUACUCCCGCAGAGACAUGA